AUGGGCGGAGGGAACGCGCAAAAAUCGGCGACGGCGCGGAAGAAGGCGAUGGAGAAGGCGCAGAAAGCCGGGGCGGGGUCGCAGCUCGCGGCGAACGCCAAGGCGAUGUCGACGGUGUGUCAAGUGUGCCGCGCGAGCUUCAUGUGCACGCUCGCGCCGAUUAAGCUGAAGGAGCACAGCGAUAAUAAACACCCGAAACAGACGUUCGAGCAUUGCUUUCCGGGCGUGAGCCUGUGA